CGAGCUUAAUUACACUCUUCUUCCAUGGAAAUUAAUCGCGGCGAUAUUCUAGGGGGAUCUGAGUCCGAGAAGGGAAAAAGGGGGACUCUGAGCGGGAGUUGCAGCGGCGGUGUCCCCCGGAGCCUGCCAAGCGCCGCGUCCCCGGCCGCCUACGCCUGUUUGUCAAAUCUUGGCGUUUCCUGACUAGUUCAUUGAAAACAAAACAGAAUAUCCCACCCAAUAAAUCGGAGCGAAGCCGGUGAUGAUUUAGUCACCAAGAAACACCAGCGGAAUCAGAUGCCAGAUAGACGGGCGGUCACUGUUUUCCUUAAAAAAAAUAAAAUACAUUUUAAAAAAUUUAAAACUCAAGUCCUCUCUGUGUAGCCGAGUCGUUCCCGCAUCGGCCUGUCUGUCGGCCGGCAUUAGCCCAGGGCUGGGCUCAGUUCGCGGUUGCCCCCGCUGCCCGGCGACCGCUCUGCCCUGCGCGCCCCGGCAGCGCUCCCUGAGCCAGAGGCCGUCAGGGGCCCUCGAGUCGCUUCCCAAAGCAGGGUGCAGCGCUGCCCUGCACCGGGGAUUGCGCUCCCGUCUCCUUCCCUUGGCGUAGCCCCUGUCAUGAGCCAGAGCCGGCCCGAGUACCAGCUAACUCCUUCUGGCGCUGGCUGCGGGUGCACCCCUGACCCCCUUUGAAGAUCUGCCCCGUUCAUUUUCAGGGGGAUGAGUUCCCAGCGGCCGCGGCCCCACUGCCGCCAGCGCUCCGUGCGCGCAUCCCGCACCGGAGCCGCGCACGGGGCCCCGCGGGAGCGCCCGACAAGCGCCGCUGCGGGGCCUCGCUGCGGUCUCCCGGGCGCAUUUCUGUGCUCAGAAAGGGGGGAAUGGUCAAGGUUUGCCCCAAAAUUCACGGCCGCGGAGGAACUGCUUUAAUCUCUCCCUCGCAGCAAGAACAAACACUGCCUGUCUCCUUGUUCCCCUGGACGGAAUCCAGCUCUCCGGAUGAAUUUUUGGAGGGGUGUGGGAAGAGAGAGCAGGGGGAGGCUGAGAUAGCCGCGGCGAUGUCUGCACCGGCGGGACGCGCGGAUGGGAGGAGGAGGUGCGAGGAUUUUCUCCCCGUCUCGGAAGCCCGUCAGAGGCACCAGCUGCUCCGCCGGCUCGCACCCACCUCGGGAACAUGGGAAGCAAGGCUUUGCCAGCCCCCAUCCCGCUGCACCCGUCCCUGCAACUCACUAACUACUCCUUCCUCCAGGCUGUGAACACCUUCCCCGCAGCUGUGGACCAGUUGCAAGGUCUGUACGGACUCAGCGCCGUGCAAACCAUGCACAUGAACCACUGGACAUUGGGCUACCCCAAUGUGCACGAAAUCACCCGCUCUACCAUCACGGAGAUGGCGGCCGCGCAGGGCUUGGUGGACUCCCGCUUCCCUUUCCCCGCGCUCCCCUUCGCCACGCACCUCUUCCACCCCAAGCAAGGGGCCAUCGCCCACGUCCUCCCGGCAUUGCACAAGGACAGGCCCCGCUUUGACUUUGCCAACCUGGCCGUGGCCGCCACGCAGGAGGACCCCCCCAAGGUGGGGGAGCUCGCCAAGCUGAGUCCCGGACUGGCCUCGCCCCUGACGGGCAUCAGCAAGCUGUCCCCGGACAGGAAGCCUUCCCGCGGCCGCCUGCCCUCCAAGACGAAAAAGGAGUUCAUCUGCAAGUUCUGCGGCAGGCACUUCACCAAGUCCUAUAACCUCCUCAUCCACGAGCGGACCCACACGGACGAGCGGCCCUACACCUGCGACAUCUGCCACAAGGCUUUCCGGAGGCAGGACCACCUGCGGGACCACCGGUACAUCCAUUCCAAAGAGAAACCCUUCAAGUGCCAGGAGUGCGGGAAGGGCUUCUGCCAGUCCAGGACCCUGGCGGUCCACAAAACCCUACACAUGCAGGAAUCUCCACACAAAUGCCCCACAUGUGGAAGAACCUUUAAUCAAAGAAGUAACCUGAAAACUCACCUUCUUACCCAUACAGACAUCAAGCCCUACAACUGUGAGCAGUGCGGCAAAGUGUUCAGGCGAAACUGUGAUCUACGGCGGCACAGUCUAACUCACACCCCGCGGCAGGACUUCUAGAGCAGCCAGGGACCCGCGCCCGCUCCGGCAGCUCCAGCUUGCCCACUUUGCUCAAGGAGUGUAUUGUAGGAACUCACAGGCGCGCACACACACACGGAGACACGCACGCAGACUCGGGGCCAAGCUUUCCUACCACAUGUCUGCGAAACUCGUUUAGAGAGUGCGGACUGCAGGAUCGGGCCCCUCUCCAACCCACACCCAAGCGUAAAGCUCAUCUUGUAGAUAAUCGCGGCUCAUUUUAGAGCUCUGUACAGAACGUGGUUUUUUCUUCGUUUGUUUGUUUUGUAUCGUGUCAGAUGCACAUGGAUACCAAAUCAUGGAGGCAAAGUAUCUCUUUAAAAAUGUAUUUCAAAAUAAAUCCUUUUCUUUUUUCCAAAUACCUCCCGCCUUCUUGUAUUAUUCUGUGACCAUUUGGGCUUUUUUUUUCCUGCUGUGUCAAUGCAAUGGUAAAGCAUAUUGAAUAAAUUUCCUAGCCGGAUAAUUGUACUGUCACAACAA